UAAAGCUGCCAGUCAUUUUUGCAUUUCUCAAUUAAUUUUAAAAACAACAAUGUCGGUCCGAGUUAUAAAUGAUGAAUCGCACUUCCAGGCAGAGCUGGCGCAAGCUGGCGUGCGUCUGGUGGUCGUGGAUUUCACUGCGACCUGGUGUGGCCCAUGUCAAAGGAUUGCUCCGGUCUUCGAAACUUUUCCCAAUAAAUACCCGAGCGCAAUAUUUUUAAAGGUUGACGUGGACAAAUGCCAGGAUACAGCUGCAGGACAGGGUGUCUCUGCGAUGCCUACUUUCAUUUUUUAUAGAAACAGGACAAAAAUUGAUCGCAUUCAAGGUGCUGAUGUGACAGGCCUGGAGACAAAAAUUCAGGAGCACGUUGGAUCUGGCGGCUCGGAGGAGGCUGGCGAGGAUUAUGGACAGGGCCUGAUGGAGCUCAACACUUUCAUAUCCAGACAGGAGUGUGAGUGCCUGAAUGAAGCGGAUGACCACAAUUUGAAGCACGCGCUAGCAUCGACUGGUGGUUUCCUGCAGUCGGACUGUGACGAGCAGCUUAUUAUGUCCAUUACUUUCAACCAGGCCGUAAAGAUACAUUCGUUAAAGUUCAAGGCUCCCCCACAGUUGGGUCCUAAGGAUGUAAAGCUGUUCAUUAAUCAGCCACGCACCAUUGACUUUGAUAUGGCAGAAUCUAUGAGCAGUGUGCAGGACAUAUCUUUGGCAGAGAAAGAAUUAGAAAAUGGACAACCCGUUAAUUUGCGUUAUGUGAAAUUCCAAAACGUACAAAACAUACAAAUUUAUGUAAAAAACAAUCAGUCUGGUGGCGAAACCACUCAGAUCGACUAUCUUGGAUUUAUAGGGUCACCCAUCAUAACCACCAAAAUGACCGAUUUCAAGCGUGUGUCUGGCAAGAAGGGCGAAAGUCAUUAAAUCUACAAUUUGAGUGUUUUCAAAGAGUUUUUUAUUAACCUUGUACUUUCGACUUAAAACUAAGCAAAUUACAAUAAAUGCAUCAAUAACAAUAA